CGUCCAUGGCCGGUGAUUGCUGGGUCGCUUGUGUUGGCGGUGACAACACGAGCUGGGCCAGAUGCCGCGUGAAUCAGCGGCAGCAGCUGCUACAUUGGGUGGAGGCGGGGCGAAAUUUCUUCCACUGGCUUGUUGCGCCCGAGGAGGAUCGGCGAUGGAAAGGUGUGCAUUUCGCCAGGAUCGCUGGCGAAAAAUCCCUGAUCACCACCGGCGAGUCCCUGAUUGCCACUGGCAAGUCCCUGAUCGCCACUAGCGAGUCCCUUCCGCAAAAUUCUAGCGCAAUUCAACCGUUGCCACUGGAUGAUCACGAUGAGCUACAACCGGAUUUAACUUCGCUACAAUCUCCUGUUACAAGAGAAGAUCUGGGACGAGCUACAUGGACUUUUCUUCACAGUCUCGCAGCUCAGUAUCCAGAUAAGCCAACACGACAGCAGCAAAAGGACGUGCGAGAGCUUAUGGCGAUCAUCUCGAGAAUGUAUCCUUGCAAAGAAUGCGCGGAUCAUUUCAAAGAAGUGCUCAAAUCGAAUCCUGUCCGCGCCAACUCUGGCGUGGAUCUAUCCCAGUGGAUGUGUCGAGUACACAACAUUGUCAAUAGAAGUCUUGGAAAGCCUCAAUUUUCUUGCGAGCGUGUGGAUGCGAGAUGGGGUGCGCUCCACUGCGACGGCGCUUGUGAUGUUCAUGGCCGCCUACACAGCAUGAAGAGUUGAUCUUACGUCGCCCUGAGGUCUAGUAUAUCAAGCAAAUGGUUUUCAAUGUCUUUUGGAGAGCUCCAGAGAUGGAGGUUGGCUUUGAAAAUCUCACGAUUGUUCUCUAUGUGCUUUGCCAGGGGAAAUCUAUAGCCAGAAACGAGAAGGAAAGUUAAAGUAUGAGCUGAGUUUUUCGAUCAACUUACUCGACUCGAGCUAGAAGAUGGUCAUCUACUUUGAGCCGCAGAGAAGGGCAGAUAUCUCCUCGACCAUCUCCAAUGUAAACUACUCGAUUUUCAGCUGGUUUGGAGCUGAGAAUUCUAUCGAGAAUAAGACCCUGGAAUUGAAAAA